CUUUCUAUGGGAAAAGUGGCACGUACUGUUUUAACAUGUUCAUUAAUUUUCAUAGGCAAGGAGCAAUUGGACUCAAGGGGAAUGGACCACAUGAAUCUAGUGCUGCUCUAGCAUCAAAUGCGAAUCCCAGAAUAGCAACAUUGAUGCAGGAAAGACGACAUCCAAAUGCAAAUAGCAGAGGUGAAGUAUUCAACUCUCACAAGGGGCAAACUGUUUCUGGUUUUCUGGUUGAUCCUUCUAAACAAACUCAAGCUGCAAAAGAAGGGAGAAGAGAUUUCCCAGAGAAUCAACAUAAGAAAGUUUCGCACUCUGGCCCAUUGGUCCAGGGGACAGGCUGGACAAAGGCCGGAAAGGAUGGUAACAAUCCUAGUACUGUGUUGUCAACCAGAACCAAACGGCAGAAGCUAGAAGGAGGAAGAACAUUCGUUUCAACAGAGGUGUCCCAUCAGAAUAAUCACUGGAAGCCUCAUCUUACUGAACCUAAAACUCCUCUUCUUCACACUACUUUGAGAGCCCGACCUCCAAAGGUGAAAAGUUCUCUUGAGCUUGAAAAAGAGGAACUUGAAAAGAUCCCUAAAUUUAAGGCCAGGCCUUUGAAUAAGAAGCUUUCAUUAAACUCGGAACCUCACAUUGCCAAUCCAGUUCCAAGAAACACACUACCAAAUCCAUUCCAUCUCCACACUGAGGAAAGGGGGGCUAAAAAGGAUAGGAAAUUUGUACUGGACCUUAUCCUGAAGCGGGUGGAGGAGGAAAGGGCCAGGAUUCCAAAGGCUAAUCCAUAUCCUUACACUACCGACUACCGCGUGGUUCCUCCUAAACCAGAGCCAAAACCAUGCACAAAACCAGAACCUUUCCAGUUGGAGAGUCUAGUGAGACACGAGGAGGAAAUGCAAAGGGAAGUGGAAGAAAGACAGAGGCUUGAGAAAGAAGAGGCCAAUAUGAGGAUAUUCAAAGCACAGCCAGUCAUAAAAGAGGACCCAAUUCCACUACCAGAGAAAGUGCGGAAACCCGUUACACAAGUUGACCAAUUUAGUCUCCAUACAGAUAACAGGGCUGUGGAUAGGGCAAAAUUUCAUCACAAGUUGAAGGUGAAAGAACAAUUAUACAAGAGAUACAGGGAGGAAAGUGAAGCUGCAAGAAUGAUAGAGGAAGAGAAGGCACUAAAACAAUUAAGGAGAACAAUGGUUCCUCAUGCAAGGCCUGUGCCAAGCUUUGACCAUCCAUUCUGCCCCAAGAAAUCUUCCAGGGAAACCACAAAAGCAAAGUCACCAAAUUUGCGGGUGCUUCGAAGAAAAGAAAGGCAGAGGAUGAUGAUAAAUAAUGCAGUUUCCAGCCCCGCUUCAUGUAUGAGGUGAUCCUGCUGCUGUUGAUGGACAGGCUGCUGUCCAAGAACUCUUGAACCUUCUUCAAGAACUGUUGUGCUGCUACAACAGUUUUGCAGCGAAUGUUAUUGGAAUAUAAAAGUUGUAGGCUCAACUUUCUGUUCAUUAAUGAAGAAAAUUCUUGGUCAAUUUAUUCCUCAAA